UGUUUGUGUGUGUGUGUGUGUGAUAUGAUGGCUUAUUACCAGAGGAAUGUCAGUGUGGGAAAUCUGUGGAUUGAAUCUCUUCCGCUCCGCAGGGAUUCAGCCAAAAUAGGAGUUUACUCUUAACACACACACACACACACACACACACACACACACACACACACACACACACACACACUUCGGGUCUGUUCCUGAUGAUAAUGAUCAUGCUCAUUUCUGAGAGGAAAACAAUAUUGAUCACUUGAUACUGAUAACUCUGUCAGUCCUGCUGGUGUGUGUAGAACAUUCCCUCAGUAACCUCAGUGUGUGUGUGUGUGUGUGUGUGUGUUUCUCCUGCAGGUGCUGUGAUGAAGAGCGAGUGAUGAGGAAUGUCCGUCUGUCUGCUGCUGGUCCUCUUCAUUCUGACCACACACACGCAGGUGUCUUCUGGGAAAUCUCUGAAGCUGCUGCAGGAGCAAUGGAGGAUCUACACCAAUGAGUGCAUUCAGAGCUUUAUUAGCACACCGCCGGCCGCAGGUCUGGUGUGCAACCGUACGUUCGAUCAGUAUGUGUGCUGGCCUGAUGGACUGCCGGGCACCACAGUUAACGUGUCCUGCCCCUGGUAUCUACCCUGGUACAGUAAAGUUGAUCAUGGUCUGGUGUACCGCGUGUGUGGCGCUGACGGCAGAUGGGUUCAUGGGAAGAACACUAGUGAGUGUGAGCAGGACGACCCCGGACAGAAGCAGUACGGUCAGAUCCUCAGUAAGUUCAGAGCCAUGUACACAGUGGGCUACUCUCUGUCUCUGGCUGCGCUCACUCUCGCUCUGGGAAUAUUGGUCAGCUUCAGAAAGCUGCACUGCAUGAGGAACAACAUCCACAUGAACCUGUUCGGCUCCUUCAUGGUUCGAGCGCUUUCAAUCCUCAUCAAAGACACGCUGCUGGACCAGAUGAACAGAGCCCGCAGCGGACCCAGCCACUACCAGAGCACACGAUGGCUGGACACACAGACGGUGGUGGGCUGUCGGUCAGCGAUGGUGAUGAUGCAGUACAGUGUGAUGGCCAAUAACUGCUGGCUGCUGGUGGAGGGUCUGUAUCUGCACAGUCUGCUGGUCACCACCGUCUUCUCCGAGAGGAACUACUUCUGCAUUUACCUGUGCAUCGGCUGGGGUGCGCCGCUCAUAUUUGUGCUGCCGUGGAUGACAGUCAAAUACCUGUAUGAAAAUGAAGAAUGCUGGGAGAGGAAUAUGAACAUGGGCUACUGGUGGAUCAUCCGCUCUCCUAUUCUCUUCGCUUAUCUGAUUAACUUCAUUAUAUUCAUCCGUAUCAUAAAGAUUCUGAUGUCCAAGCUGAAGGCGCAUCAGAUGAGAUACACCGACUAUAAGUUCAGGCUGGCGAAGUCGACGCUGACCCUGAUUCCUCUGCUGGGGAUUCACGCCGUGCUCUUCACCUUCGUCAUUGAUGAGUCUGUGCCCAAAGAGUCUCUGCUGCGGCUCAUCCGCCUCUUUUACGACCUGUUGUUCAGCUCCUUCCAGGGUCUGCUCGUGGCCAUCCUGUACUGCUUCGUCAACAAAGAGGUGCAGAGCGAGAUGCUGAAGAAGUGGAAGAGAUGGAAACUAGGCAAGGACAUUGAUGAGGAGUAUCGUCACACACACAGCCAGACGCCUCACGCCAAGAGCAGCACAGCACCGCCGGCUGCCCACGACUGCCCCGACACCUCAUCUUCUCUGGAGUCCCAGCGGCUGGUGACGGGUCUGCAGAACGGCCUGAGCCGUAGCCGUGGACGUGCCAGACUGCAGUUCACCUCUCAGACACAGGAGGGCGCCAGUAACUGCAGCUCCCUAACAGAGGAUAUCUGCCUGGAGGAGCGGCCGCUCAACAAUGAAGGCUCCGCUGCAGUGCUGGAGGAAACCAACGUUUGAGGAGGGAGAUUUUACACAUGCGGCAGUCGCAUAUUACCAGAAAGACUUCGGGGGUGAGAUGUUGAUCUAAACAUUUACAUUUAGGGUGCGUCCGAAACCGCCUACUACUCAGUAGGUACUGCAUUUGAAUUUAAACGUACUACUCGGCCGUUAGAAAAGUGCGUUCUAUAAGUAUG